AUGCUUCAUGAGGCCAAUUACCCAGAGGAAGCACAGCGCCAAUUCCUCGACUACUACCGAGAUACUCUCUGUCCACUGCUAGGAAAUAAACCUGAAAGCAACUCCCUUCCCGCCGCGGUGGGCUGGGACGGCAAUCCUUUUGAGUACAGCUUUGAGUUUAAGGGGUCAACCAAAAACCCAGGUGUUCGCUUCGUUCUCGAUCUUAGCGAGCUCCGUCCACCAAACAAGGACCACCCUCUGAGUAUAGCAAAUUCAGAAAAGGUGUUAGAAACGCUUGCCAAGCAAAGUCCAAUGUUUGACGACAAAUGGCAUCGUGCUCUCGCCCGGUGGUUCGUCUAUUCCAACGUCUCCCCAAGUAAACAGCAAGCCCUUGUCGCUCAGGUAGGGUAUCAGACGCCCACAAUAUUGGGAUUCGACAUCAAUGCUCGUAUCUUGGAGUUGGCGCCUGGAAUGCUCCCUGUCAUGGCCAAGAGCUAUUUUCCCCCUUGCUUCGUGGCCGCAGACAAGGGCUUCGGCCGCUUCCAAGCGCUCAGCUUGGGUAUUCGGCAAAUGCCGGACAUUGGCUACUAUCCGAAUAUCUUGCUGGCCCUCAAGACGAUUGAGGACUACGUCGAGGACCAUCCUCAGUACGAGAACUGCGGGCGGGGCAUGGCAACUGAUUUCGUCAAGGCAGGGAAGGCGCGCCUGAAGGUGUACAUGCGCUAUUGGGGGAACUCGUUCGACGAGAUGUGGGAUUAUUACACGCUGGGUGGACGGAUUCCUGAUCUGCAAGACGACAAGGAGAAGCUUCGAGACUUGAUUGACCUCGCAAGUGGCUGUGACUACCCAGCCGACAAGAUCAAGGAAGAGACUCCAGCUGAGCAGCGGCGACGCGCGCUCUUCGGACAAAAACCAACGUCCAUGUAUUUCUCGCUCUCACCGGAUAGGCCAUACCCGGUCCCAAAGCUCUACUUCUAUCCCGCUUUCAGAGCACCCAACGACCGAGCGAUCGCCCAGGGACUGGACGCCUGGUUGACGAAGUAUGGGUGGCAUGACGGAGGAAGGUCGCUCGAGGAGCGACUGGAGAAUGUCUUCACGUACCGGAAGCUGGAUGAAAAGCCGGGCAUCUUCACCUUCAUUGGCAUCGGGAGGAAGGAAGAUUCCAAGCAGGAUGGUCUAAGUCUGCAGGUCUACGUCACCCCUGAACUAUACGAGACACCGCGCUUUUAG